AGGGUGGGGGGAUCACUCAAAUUCUUCUUGCAUCUUGACCACGAGGAAUUUGAUUUGUAUCCGUAGCUUUGUAGAUGGCUCUUUCAGAUGGACCGAAAUGUGACGCUGAACAUAACGAAAGUAGAAAAUCGGUGCAGCAGGCUAACUAGCCCAGUUAAUCAUUGACAUUCAACGAUAACUAGCAACCAGGGAAUCCGUUCACGAUUCACUUGCAAGACUUCCAAAGGCUGUGCUAUGGGCCACUACUUGAGGAGGGGGAUAGGCUGGGACUGCCCAGAUCACCAAGGACGACACCACGUGGUUCUGACGACCCCUGGGAACGACAAGGGACACUGUGGCGGCUCCCUGCUCAGCUCCCGGUGGAUCAUUACAGCAGAACAUUGUGAUAAGAAAAACCUGGAGGCCGUAAUUGGAAAGCACCCUGCUGGACAGGGCAUUAGAAAGAACAUCGAAGCGUCAGAUAAGAAGAAGUUCAAAGACAACCAACAUAAUAUAUACCAUGAUCUUAUGCUGAUCCAGAUUAACAAUACAGACACAAAAUAUGCCGUCACUGUACCCUUACCUGAUCGCAAUGGCUGUAAUGUCCCGCCCCUUCAUGACACCUUUGACUUUGUCGGCUGGAUGACUGCAACGUGGAAUGCCAGAACAAAGGAAAAAAAUAUAUUUCAUGCUAACAAACUUCAGUGUGGGCAUCUGGAAGUUGUUGUAUGUGGAACAGCUGAAGAAUAUGCAAGCUCCACAGACCUGCAAGACUACCAGUUUCAGCAUCUUCUCUGUGGAAUGGACUCCAAGAAAGUAUGUGAUGGUUGCCAUGGCGACUCUGGUAGCAGUUUGCUUUAUGGCGGGAAGCUGCAUGGGGUUCUUGUAAUGUCGGAUGACUAUGUGUGCGGAGACACUGUAGACUUCAUGAAUAUCUGUCACUCCGAGUACAGAGAGUGGAUCUUUAAAACCACUGGCCUCUAGUAGUAUGGCCUAAAGCAACAUAUGCAUGCUUUUCAAUAGUGAUGUUCAUAGACAUGCGUUUGCUCUUGUGACUCCUUUUCUGGGUGACCUUAAAGGUUUUCAUGAAUAUUUAUAAAGUAAUACACUAAUAUGUACUAGUAUGGCCAAAGUGCUGUCAUUUUUGCAGCUAAAAUGUCUGUCUGGAAAUUCAAAAUGGCGGACCAUGGAGAAGAUCCCCUUUUUCAUGUAGGCUAUAGCCAAUAAAAAGUGCAAUUUUCCCAGUUAUAAUGAAUACUUAGAAUUUGAUGGUGGCGGUAAGUAUCAUGAAAAAGGUAACAUUAGUGAAUGGGUAACAUGAAUUC